AUGUCUGAGAGUUACUCCAACCACCUGUGUGUGCAUCAAUAUCCUCGUACACUCAACCUCCCUAUCUGCGGAUAUCGUGUUACGCCUGAGAUUGUGCACAGACAUCCGGACACCGAUGCUGAGGUCCGAGCCGUUGUAGAUGGACAGCAUUACGUGAAGACGGGCCCACUCGACCUCAUUGUAUGGGAGUAUAUGGUGUAUAGCCAACUUCAACUUGAGGGUGACUUCCCUCUCAUCUGCGAGCGAUUGGUGGAUUGUGGGUCUGGCUCGCGAAAGGCGGCGCUGCUCCUCCAUCGUGUGAGCACCUUCAGCGUUUUGUUCAAAAAUUAUGUCGCCCAAGGCUCUCCUCCAAUCCCAUACGACUUUACUGCGUGGUGUGCCAAAUCCCUGAUCAUACUGAUGCAGAAAAUGCAUUCGAACAACGUAUUGCAUUGCGACAUUCACCCGGGGAACGCGGGUCUCACCCCGUGCGACUCGUUGGGGGUAUUGGUGGCACCACUCACUGCCGACACAGCGGAGUCCACACAUCCGACGUUUAUCGACUUCGGAUGGUCCCAGAUGGGCGGAUUCCAUCCUAGGGGGGGCGACGACAACUCGGUGGUCUGUUGGGCCUAUGCAUCUGACAGGAUGCUUGAUCACGGUUAUCCUUACACGCGGGCUGACGACAUGGCUGCGCUGGCAUAUCUCCUUCUUGCUGUGCGCCUCAUGGGCCAUCCUCCCUGGUUCGACGAGCUUCUGAGUCAAGACCUGUCUGAAGAUCGAGAGGCCAUUAUCGCUACUCGAGCACGCGUCAUUGGGGAGUUCCGUGCGCAAAAGACCGUGGAGGACCAUUUGCUUGAUUUUGUCUCUUACGCCACUAGUCUUGCAGCGGAGGACCCGGAACUUUUCAUCGACUACCAUAGUUGUGGGAUCCUCCUGUACGUCGGAUUUUAG